AUGAGUCUUGGAUACUCUGAACUCCCAGCUAAACGAAGACGUGGACAAAUCUCAUUAUGGGUUCAGCUGUUAGCAAUCAAGGUGUCUCCAUCAUUCUACACACAACUAACUGAACAAAAUUUAAAAAAUAAGGAUGUAAACACUCCUGUGCUACCAUCUCAUGUCCAAAAGUUACAAGAAAACAACACGACUUUUAAUUUCAGUGGUACAGAAAACUGUCAGUUUGAAAACUCUUGCAGGUCAGUAUCUUAUAAAAUGUUAAGCCAGAUGUUUGUUUUGCUAAAUAAAAUUUGUAGUCAUUAACUCGGCUACGCAAAGAUUCAUUCUGAUUGGAUAAUAAGCAAAGGAGCAUUUGUUGCUAAGGUUUUAUACAAUCCGUAGUAAUUUUGUGGGAAGCUGUAUCGACCCUACCAAACCGGUUGCUCGUUUGGCAUUUGUCAGUUGUCCUUUUUUGCGAUGGUGUGAUACCCAAUCACUUUUCAAAGAAUUCUUGUUUUACACAACACUUUGCUCCAUUAUGCUUUAUGAUAAUGAGACGAAGGCAGAUAAUAUACUAUUGGCGGUUUAUAACCAUAGGUUUCUACGUUCAGUCUCUCGUGUUAGGCGGUGCAAUAUGAUCGUUAAUAAUGUUAGGCGAAGAGCGGUAGUUAUGCAGUAGGAAUCAAUCGAUAAGAUUGUAUAGCGGCACAGAUUGUAAGGACUAGAACGUGUGUUACACCACCUCCAUCAACAAGUAAUGUUAGCUAGUGUGUCACUAGACCGAAAAACGCUACCGAUGAUUAGAUGAAAAUGUGUCUAUGAUUUAUCAAGUUUUUGACCCUCGGUUUGAGCCACAUAGGGGGGUACAAAUAAUCAAUAGUUGGAGACUGUCAGUGAUAGCUCAAAAUUGUUCACAAUAAUACAGAUGUAUGCACCUCUUGCGAUCCUCCAGAUUCUGUUAGUCCUCCUACUUACUGAUUGAGUUCCGACAUAGAGUUCUGCACAGAAGUGCAACAGUUCAAGUUACCACACUCCGAAUUAGAGGGAAAAUUGAAAGGAACCAUAAUCAGUGGAAAUGUAUGGUAUAAGGAAUAAUUACGUGGAAGUUACAAAGAGCGAAUGGAUCUGUACCACUGAGGGUGACUUCAAGGCUUAUCACCAACUACCCCAAACUAUUGGUCCUCAGGAUGCUGAGGACCGCAUCUAGACAGUCUACACUUUCCUUCGCCUCUGAAACCAACAUUGAGUGACUUCGUGGAUUGAUAUCCUAACACGCCCAAACUAAUCCUAUACAAGCUAACAAUGGUUGACAUGCAAGGCAAUAGCUUUGUACGCAUAACGUGUGUGUUAGCCAUCUCAGUCGAUGCAGCUUCACAGUCUCAUAGACUGACUUCCUUUGCCUAAUUCUCAACUUAUUAUAUGAAUUAACAUGUGAGAUAGGAGGCAAAUACCUUUGGCCAAAGACAGCUAACCUCUUCAGGUCUCCUACUUCCAAUGGUAUGUCACUGUCAUAAAGAAGGAUAGGCUGAAUUGCUGUGCAGCGCACACUUCUUCUGAGUAGAUUUGAAAGGAUGUGUGAUAAAUUAGUAGCGAAUAUUUCAAAAAUUGAAAAUGAAUUACAUCCUUUCCAUCAGAAUGACUAAUAAUCAGCUGUAGAAAUUAGUAACACUUUACGGCUUCGGAAUCAUGAUGAUUAAGUAGACAAUAAUAGCCUUAACAGUGGAUACCAUAACACUGAUUUCUGCCUACUGGACGCCUUCUAAGUCAGUAGUUCCACUACUUUCUACCUGGAAUCUUUACCAGAAAUACUCUGUGGAAACAAAUAUGUCCACUUUAUUAUGUGACUCAGUAUAUUUACCGACAUCUUGCCCGUAUAUUUAAUACUUCAUUAGCUAGUAGACUUGUAACUCACUAGUUAAGCAAAAUUCCAAAUUAUUUUGAUAAGUAAGCCACCGCUAAGCUUCUAGUCAGUAAACAGACAAGUCGACAUAAAACUGCACAAAAGUGUAUCAGUUAUCGUCAAUACCCUAUAAAACCUAAUCCGUGCUCAGAAAAGGUAAAUUCGUACUUCACGUUUACCUUGGCCUACCAUCAGGUUGUCGUAAACGUAGUCAUCUCAUAUUGCCAUCGCAUACACCCUAACAAUUUCCUCUCUGCUCUUUGUAUUUACACUAAGCCUAUCCUGUCUACAUUACUUGAUUACUGUUCAUUAUAUGACUACUGUACUUUAUCAACCUCAUAAUUAUUGUCAUUUGUUAUCCAUCGCUCUUACACUCAGCAUAAUCCAAUUGUUUGUGUGUAUAUUUUUGUAGUAUUCAUACUUUGUCUCACAUCACUGUAUAUUAUUCAACGCCUUAAAGCUAUAAUUUUGUUAAUUAUAAGUAUAGAAACAGUUCAGUUAAUUGCAUAAUCUUAUUUAGUCUCAUCUGCCUAUGGAAUGUGCGCAUUUAAAUAAUAAUCAAAACCAGCGGGUUAUUCUACCUUGCACUUGUAUUUAAAUAUAGUAUCUAAUAAGAUUUUGAUUCGCCCUUACUGGCUGGCUGGUGUAUUCCAAAUUUGGUAGAUUUAUGACCAUAGAGCCUGAAGAAUUCUUAGGGAAUCGUUGUUCGAUAUAACGAUUCAUAUUCUGGAUAUACUAUGGGGGGUAUUUAAAUUGCUGAGAUCGGUCGCUUAGACAGAAUUAUUCGCAUAGGAAUUCGAACCUGCUACCCACUGGUUGGAAGUCAAGUACUACAGCCAAUCAACCACAUCUCCACCAUUGACCUUUUGUCGAUGUUUUGAUUAUUAUAUCUUUUUCUGAUACCUGUUUCCAUCCAUUCGUCUGCCUAAUAGCAAUCUACGACUUUUAACUACAUACUUUUCACUUUUUUCUUACUUCCUUUUACCCUCUACGUGGUAGAACUCAUAGCAACUUGGAUCAUCUACCUUAUAAUAGUAAUUCCCAUCUUCAUACUGUAUCUGCUAUCCGAAACAGGUAUUGAAUCAUUCCUAACUGUUUUGACCAUUAGAUAAACA